AUGAAGCUCGUCUUUCACUUCCUCCUGCCUAGUCUCUCCCUCCUAGCCACCACCACAACCGCUCUAUCCAUACCACAACCACCCACAACCCAACCCACCAACAACAAAUCCACCAACAACCCUCAUUCUCUCUGUGACUGCUACCUCACCACCGGACCAGAUCCAGGCUACUUCACACACUACAAAUUCUGGGAUUUCCGUAACGUUACCCUCCCACAAGGAAUCGAGACCACGCAAACAAACCCCGCCAAUCCCCACGACUCCUCCAACCUUCAAACCUACCCUCUUUCCAAAUCCCCCUUCAACCGGGACUGGCAUGCCCAGACUUGGAAGCGAGGCGCCACUCCCAUCAGCCCCGUGCCCAUGGUGAACACAGACCGCAACGUCUUCCUCCUCAAAGACCCAUCCAGCUCAUCAAGCAACCCGCGGUCGUCAUCCCUUGUGCUCCGCACAACCCGUUUCGCAGAUCAUGCCUCCACCGCCGAAGUGGAAGGCUUGUUCGGUUACAUCUAUCACUGUUCGCUUCGGCUGCGACUGCGGAUGAUGUCGAGGGAUGCCAUUGUGCGGCAGGCAGCGGUUCCCAAUACUGAUAUAGCCACUACUGCCGCGGAAGCUCGAAAUUCAGUGCCCCGAGGAAGCUGUGCCGGUAUCUUCACCUAUCGUUCCGCGGUCUGCGAGUCGGAUAUUGAGAUCCUGACGUCCGAGGAUCCCCAUACCGUUCAUUAUGCCAAUCAGCCGGAUUACGAUCCUAUCUCAGAUACGCUCAUUCCGGGAGCAAGUUCGAUUGUUAAUUUGUCGACGCCGUGGACGUCGUGGGCCACGCAUCGCUUGGAUUGGUUGCCUAAUCUGUCGGCAUGGUAUGCCGAUGGGCUGUUGCAGAGCAAUAGUACUUACUCCAUUCCGAACCGUCCGAGUAUCGUUGCGAUGAACCUCUGGAGUAAUGGAGGUAAUUGGUCUGGUGAUAUGAGAAUCGGGGACAGUGUGUACAUGGGCAUUGAGUGGAUCGAGCUGGUGUACAAUGUCACCAAAGCCGAUCAGGAUCUUCCGAUCAAGGACCACCCCGGACACAGGGAUCAUUAUCGACGGCCGCUGGAUCACACUUCGAUGGGAGAUGACAACUUGGCCCGACACAGUGCAGCAGAGGUUCCGCGUGCCCAUAUUGAGCCCCGGACAGGGAAGAAGAGUGGCGGAUGCCAAAGACCCUGUUGGAUUGACCAGUGGCAGCAUGUGUGA